GGGCAGCCCCGGGCUGGAAGCUUUGGCGAUAGAGUGCGGCUGCGGGGCCGCUGUGCUGCGGGUUGAAAAGUAUUCAUACGUGGAGGUUGCUCGUAAGGCUUCCAGCUGGCUCUCGAAGCAGUUGGUUGUCAGCGGAGCGUCUGGAACGAGAGCUGCAAGCACUGAGGAGGCCGCUGGAGCCGGCUGUAGCCCCGGUGUUUGUGUCGGUUACAGAGGUUGAGGUGGCUGCCCAACGUCCUGCAGCCUGAGCACAGAGGAAAUAAAACAGUUCGAGGGAAACUCAGAAGGCUGUGUGUUAUUCAGAGUGCUGCUGAUAGUGCUGCUGAUGAAGCAGGAAUCCUGCAGGCCUCUGCUUUUCUCAGUGACCUGAAGUGUAGGGGAGGAAAAGCCAGUGUCAGUCUCCGGGGCAGAGAUCUGCAUAUCUUGCAGUUCCAAGAAGUGUCUGAGCGAAGCAAGGAGUAACUGAGCCGUGGGAGAAGAUACUGAAGUUCUUUGCUGAAUAGAUGUUCUUCUCUUAGCUUCAAUUGGCCUCUCCUGUGGAUGAAUGCUGUUGCUCAGAACAGAAAACUUGAAGUAACUGUUGGAUCAAACAGCUUGCUGUGAUGUGAACUUUCCAGCAGAUAUUUACAGAAGAGAGUGACAGAGAAGAAUAACCUCUUUCCAAUUCUGAUUCUACUGGAAGUGCAAAUGAGCACCUGUGGCGUCCGUCUAAAUUUGUUUGGGUGCUCAAAGAAAAAUCCAGUCUGAGGAAGCCUCUGGGAAUAGACAGGUUUGGAAGCUCUGGCCAUGGAUCAGAAAGGCUAUCGACGAGGGAGUUUCCAAAGCAGCACUAGUGAUGAAGAUAUGCUAGAAAUAGUAGGAGCAUCUCUGGACUUCUCUAUGGCAGAUGACGAUCCACCACUCGACAGAGAGAUGGGAGGCUUUACCUCAUAUAAUGGAGGAGGGAUGAACGGUGCAAGCAAAAUGAUGGAUUUUCUGGAGGAACCACUUCCCGGUGUGGGGACCUAUGAAGAUUUUAACACUAUAGAUUGGGUGCGAGAGAAGUCCAGGGAUCGGGACAGACACAGAGAGAUUACCAGCAAAAGUAAAGAGUCAACGUGGGCCCUGAUACACAGUGUGAGCGAUGCCUUUUCUGGCUGGUUGUUGAUGCUGUUCAUUGGGUUGCUGGCAGGUUCCUUAGCAGGUCUAAUAGACAUUUCUGCCCACUGGAUGACAGACUUGAAAGAAGGAGUGUGUUUAGCAGGCUUCUGGUUUAACCACGAGCACUGCUGCUGGAAGUCCAACACAACCUUUACAGACAGAGACAAGUGCCCUGAGUGGAUGAGCUGGUCGCAGCUUAUUAUUGGCCAUGGAGAGGGAGCUUUUGCAUAUAUUCUCAACUACUUCAUGUAUGUUAUCUGGGCUCUGUUAUUCUCCCUUCUUGCUGUGUUACUUGUGAAAGGCUUUGCUCCUUAUGCCUGUGGCUCAGGAAUCCCAGAGAUCAAAACUAUCUUAAGUGGUUUCAUCAUUAGAGGCUACCUGGGCAAGUGGACGCUGAUCAUCAAAACCAUUACCUUAGUGUUGGCGGUGUCCUCUGGCCUGAGCCUGGGAAAAGAGGGCCCCCUGGUGCACGUUGCCUGCUGCUGUGGAAACAUCUUGUGCCAUCUCUUCACCAAAUACAGGAAGAACGAAGCGAAGCGAAGAGAGGUUUUAUCAGCAGCUGCAGCUGCUGGUGUGUCUGUAGCUUUUGGUGCACCGAUUGGAGGAGUGCUCUUUAGUCUGGAAGAGGUCAGUUACUAUUUUCCUCUCAAGACGCUGUGGCGCUCCUUCUUUGCUGCUCUGGUAGCUGCAUUUACUCUGCGCUCCAUCAAUCCUUUUGGGAACAGCCGCCUGGUUCUCUUCUACGUGGAGUUCCACAUGCCAUGGCAUCUUCUGGAGCUUGUGCCAUUCAUCCUUUUGGGAAUUUUUGGUGGGCUCUGGGGAGCUUUCUUCAUUCGCAGCAACAUUGCCUGGUGCAGGCGACGCAAGACAACCAAGCUUGGUAAAUAUCCUGUGCUCGAGGUGUUUGUAGUGACUGCCAUCACAGCCAUCCUGGCCUUCCCGAAUGAGUACACCAGAAUGAGCACCAGUGAGCUGAUCUCUGAACUCUUCAAUGACUGUGGGAUUUUGGACUCUUCCAAGCUCUGCGAGUACGUGAAUGAUUUCAACAGCACCAAAGGGGAUGACCUGCCAGACCGAGCUGCUGGCCCGGGAGUUUACACAGCCAUGUGGCAGCUAGCUUUGGCCCUUAUAAUGAAAGUCUUCAUCACAAUCUUUACCUUUGGCAUGAAGGUCCCUUCGGGUCUCUUCAUCCCAAGCAUGGCAGUUGGUGCUAUAGCAGGCAGGUUGUUAGGGGUAGCAAUGGAGCAGUUGGCAUUUUACCAUCAUGAUUGGAUCAUCUUCAGUGGCUGGUGCAGUCAAGGAGCUGACUGUAUCACUCCUGGCCUGUAUGCCAUGGUUGGGGCUGCAGCAUGUCUAGGUGGAGUGACCCGAAUGACUGUGUCACUAGUGGUCAUUAUGUUUGAGCUCACUGGUGGACUGGAAUACAUAGUUCCUCUGAUGGCAGCAGCCAUGACCAGCAAGUGGGUGGCAGAUGCUAUUGGGCGGGAGGGCAUUUACGAUGCCCACAUACGCCUCAAUGGCUAUCCUUUCCUGGAAGCCAAGGAGGAGUUCUCACACAAGACACUUGCAAUGGAUGUAAUGAGGCCACGGAGGAGUGAUCCUCCUCUGACUGUCAUCACUCAGGACAGCAUGACAGUAGAAGACAUUGAGACCAUAAUCAAUGAAACCACAUACAGUGGCUAUCCAGUGGUGGUGUCACGGGAGUCCCAAAGGCUUGUUGGAUUUGUCCUCAGGAGAGACCUCAUCAUUUCAAUUGAAAAUGCCCGGAAGAAGCAGGAUGGAAUUGUUAGCACUUCAAUUAUUUAUUUCACUGACCACUCUCCUCCACUGCCUCCAAGCUCCCCCUCAAUGCUGAAACUCAGGAGCAUCCUGGACCUCAGUCCUUUCACAGUGACAGACCAAACACCUAUGGAGAUUGUUGUGGAUAUAUUUCGCAAGCUUGGAUUGCGCCAGUGCCUCGUUACUCACAAUGGGAAACUGCUUGGGAUCAUUACCAAGAAGGAUGUACUAAAGCACAUUGCACAGCUGGCUAACCAGGACCCAGAUUCUAUACUCUUCAAUUAAAGGCAGACUAGUAGGUAUUGUGUUAAACACAAAAGAUACUUUAUAGAAGAUUCUGGAUAUUCUCUCCUAUUUUUAUUGAGACCUUGGAACUAUUUUCAGCAUUUCCUUCCAUGGAGCUGAAGAUUUUUUUUUUCUACAUGAUAACCAAUUGCACUACGUAGUCUGUGGAAAAAUAAUCUUCUUUUUAGAAGAAAAAAAGACUAUUUACAUUGCUUUUGUGAAGUUGCAUUGGAAAGAUUCCAUGAAGGAGUAAAAGCAAAGUGCUACAGAAUUAUAUAUCUUCUUGUUAUUUUAUUUGAACUCUUGUUACUAAUGUGGAUAGGGGAAGACAAGGUUUAUACCUUCUGGAACUUUGAAGGAGGAUGAUUUUGCACACAGUAUUCAGGUGGUGGCAGAACGAUACAGUUGUAACUCAGGGGCAGUGUAUUCCCAAUUAGUUACUUAGUGAAAAUAAGAACCUGGUAAAAUAAAAGAAAGAACAAGAACACACAAGCAAACAAAAUAUGCUGGAAAACACCCUUAUAAAAUGAUAAGUGGCUCUGUAAGUAACCCCAUACAAGAGCUUAACUCCUCAGUAAUCUCUAUUGGCUUGCUGAUGAUAUUUCGCUGAAAGAAGGAGAAAAACCAAAUCUCGAGGUGACCAAUCUUCAUGAAAUUGGGUUUGGUUUCUGAUUGGGAAGAAGUUUAUUUUGAUUAAUCUUCUGUGAAUGUAUUUAAUUAUUCUCCAAUGCUGGCUUGCUAGGAGAAUCCAGAGGAGGCAGCAGGAGGAGUUAGUAGUUGUAUUCUUGUCAUCAUCUCUAUUUUGAUAUAUGCCUAAGGAUUUCUUCUUGAUUUUUCUUGAGCAUGUAAUUAAAAUUGCAAAGACUGAAUCCUGAAGCCUUGGCUUUACUGCACUUCCAAGUAAACUUUGAUCAUAUUAGAUGUUGCACAAUUGACCUCUUCCUUAAUCAGCAGUGUCUUAUGUUGCUGAGGAUGUCUUAAUGGAGACUCCUGAGCCUGGGAUGUUUACGUGGAUGCAUUUUCUGUUCCCUGCUCCUCUCCUCAGCCCUGCACCAAACUCAGGCUUGGAUCCUGGCUCUAGGAUGGAGAACACUGCCACUUUAUGUAUGUUCACCGCUCAGUGUCUCAUUUUACCAACAACUAUGCAAUAAAAACCUUUCCUGACCACUA